UUUAGCGGGUAUGAGCAAAUGGGAACGAUGUGGGAGCAGGUGAAGGCGCCAUUGAUUGUGCCGUUUAUGAAGGUGAUGGUGACGAUGUGUUUAGCCAUGUCGGUGAUGUUGUUCGUCGAGCGUGUUUAUAUGGGGAUUGUUAUCGUUGUGGUUAAGUUGACGAGACACAAGCCCGAGAAAAGGUACAAAUGGGAGGCGAUUAAGGAGGAUUUGGAGUCGGGUAAUUCGGCUUAUCCUAUGGUUUUAGUACAAAUACCAAUGUAUAACGAAAAAGAGGUUUAUCAACUCUCGAUUGGAGCCGCAUGUGGGCUCUCAUGGCCAUCAGAUCGGAUCAUAAUUCAAGUUCUUGAUGACUCGACUGAUCCGAUAAUCAAGGCUCUAGUGGAGUUAGAAUGCAAGAGAUGGGCAGGAAAAGGAAUCAACAUAAAGUACGAGAUCAGGGACAACAGAAAUGGAUAUAAAGCUGGUGCUUUGAAACAAGGCAUGAAGCAUCCGUACGUGAACCAUUGUGAUUUUGUGGCCAUUUUCGAUGCUGAUUUCCAGCCUGAUCCUGACUUCCUUUGGCGCAGCGUCCCUUUCCUCGCACACAACCCCGAACUCGCUCUCGUUCAAGCUCGAUGGAAAUUCGUGAACUCAGAUGAGUGUUUGAUGACAAGAAUGCAAGAAAUGUCACUGGAUUACCAUUUUACUGUGGAACAAGAAGCAGGAUCUGCAACCCAUGCGUUUUUCGGGUUCAACGGAACCGCUGGUGUUUGGCGAAUUUCGGCUCUGAACGAGGCUGGCGGAUGGAAGGACCGAACCACCGUAGAAGACAUGGAUUUAGCGGUCCGUGUGAGUCUCAAAGGAUGGAAGUUUGUAUACAUCGGUGACCUCAAGGUGAGAAACGAACUACCAAGCACUUUCAGAGCGUACCGUUAUCAACAGCAUCGAUGGUCUUGUGGACCCGCUAAUCUUUUCAAGAAAAUGAUAACGGAAAUCGCAAGAAACAAGAAAGUGACGUUGUGGAAGAAGGUUUACGUGAUAUACAGUUUCUUCUUUGUUAGAAAAAUCGUUGCACAUCUUGUCACGUUUAUCUUCUACUGUGUGGUGUUGCCGGCGACGGUUUUGGUGCCGGAAGUGCACGUUCCGAUAUGGGGUGCCGUUUACAUUCCAUCCAUCGUAUCUCUACUGAAUUCAGUCGGGACUCCGAGGUCGUUUCACCUACUGGUUUUUUGGAUCCUUUUCGAGAAUGUCAUGUCUCUACAUCGGACGAAAGGAACGUUCAUCGGCCUGUUUGAGGCCGGAACGACGGUUAACGAGUGGGUCGUCACCAAGAAACUUGGAGAAGCUUUGAAACUCAAAACAGGUUCCAAGGGUACUAAGAAACCUCGAAUCCAAAUAGGAGAAAGUGUAUAUAUGCUGGAGGUUUUUGUUGGACUCUACCUCUUCUUAUGCGGGUGCUAUGACUUUUCGUUUGGGAAGAACCAUUACUACAUAUACCUUUUCCUGCAAUCGAUGGCUUUCUUCGUCGCCGGGUUUGGCUACAUCGGCGUUUUCGUCCCCAAUUCUUGAGAACGACGUUGUAAAAUAUGCGUUUUUCGGUUUAUAAGGAUACAAAUAUGUUAAAGUUGUUAUGGGUUCAUUUUGCUUUUUCAAUUUUGUUACAAGAAAUCAAGUCAUUCUUUUAUUG